UUGAUGAAGUAUGAACAAGACAUCGGAGGAUUCGGCUUCCGUGACAGAUUCAACGGAUAACGUGUUUCUAAGACACUUCUGAGCGACUUCAACUCUCCUCAGCCCUCAAAAUCUUCAUCACAGCAGCCGGAGCAACAUUUCGACACCGGAGAGAAAUCUGACAGGAUUUACCUGAGCCUGCUCGAGAUAAGGAAAUAAACCAAUAUACCAACAUUGCAAAAAAGUCGGGAGAGAGAAACGCUCGCUUCCUCAACACUUCGCCCAAAUAAAUUAUAGCCUAUAUAUUAUGGACAAUGUAACCUAAGAGCUAGACGUAGCCGACUUCUCCGGAUUCAUUUCCACAUUUAGUUAUGCGGAGAAGCCACCUAGUCUUUAUUACUGGACGAACCGCACGAUUUCGGACGAAUGCGACUGAGACACUGGAUUCAGAUCAUAUCGUCUUGAUGCAUGCAGGUUUGCGCUGGUCAAUAGAUUGAGACUGCUCUGUGAAGUCUAUAGAGGACCGAGAUCAGACAUCCAACCGUAUGUUGUGGGCAUGUUGCCCUCACCCCAGGUGUGCGUGUCUUUUCUGGUGACAGUGAGCACAAUGGCAGUGGUUGACCUCUACCUGCUGGAGCAGAGCAUGCUGGGACCUCGAGGUGGAACACGUCCUGCGGUAUGGCCAUGUGUUGCUGUCGCGCUGGGUGACCUGUGUUUCCUGCUUGCACUGCGCUUUGUCUCUGCUGGAGUGGUCUCAGAAGCUCAUUCUCCCCGCCGGGGCUUUGCCAACUCCCUCUGGUUCCUUUUCCUCUCUCUGCUGCAGCUGAAGCUUUUCUUUGUGUGUCAAAAUUACAGACAAGAGAGGCGGCCUCCAGAUCCCCUCGCCCGUAAGACUUUAACUCUAUUACUUUCUGUCUGCCUGCCCUCACUAUUUCUCAUCCUGACAGGAGCAGAUUACAUGACCCCCCUUCGCAGAAAACAGGAGGUGCGGAGUCGACUUCUGUGGGUGGUGGUAGACUUGCUUGAUGUACUGGAUCUUCAAGCUGGGCUAUGGGAGGUACAGGGCAGCGUGGGGGUUCCACUUUGGGUUGAGGGUAUAGUUUUCUUCUACUGUUACGUGUUGCUGCUGUUGCUUCCGUGUGUGUCGCUCACGGAGCUGGGUGCUACAGCACUGCCUGGGCUGCAGGUGGCUCGGAAGGAGGCCAUCUAUCCUUGGCUCAGUUUGGUCACCAUUAAUGUGUUUACACUUGUGCCGAGGGGGGUAGGGAUGCUGUGGUACAGGGACCCACGUGUAUCUACAGUGUUUCUGGGGAAAAACCUGCUAGCUCUUGCAGUGAAGCUGAGCUCUGCCUGGGAGAGGCACCGAAAGAGCAGCGGAGGGGUGCAGAGAGCAGGAGCCAUCACUAGACCUGGAAACCAGAAUCGUGGGGUGGCUUUGGAACAGGCAACGGAGCAGGAGCAAGGGUGCACAUCUCCAACACCGUCAUCUACGCGCUAUCACACACUUUCACGCACUCAUGGGCACAGCCACUCACUCUCUCAUGUGAGUCUGGAUCCCACUGAGACCUCACUGGGGCCAGCUUAUAUUUCCCAUGAGCUCUAAACAUCCAAGGGCAUGAAAAGCCCUGUAUCUGGAACUGGGCUUGUGGUACAUGAGCAUCCCUGGAGUCUCUGUGCUUUUGCCAAGAUUAGUAGAGAUCUCAUUUUAUUAGCACACUUUGUCGUUUGUACAACUGAUGAUUUUUAAAGCCAAACAUGAGCAGCCUACUGUGGUGUGAAGCUCCCAGACAAAAUGAUAAUAGGGUUGAGGUGGGAGUUGUUUUAAUUAAGUGCCUUCUUUAAAGAGCAACAAUUAAUAUUGUUAUUCUGGUUCAGUUUGGUGU